AGAGGAAACAUGCCAUUAUAUUUUAACCAGUGUGUAAAGAAGACUCUUGGGUAACCCGCUAUCGGGGCCCUUUGCAUCAGAGGAUUUUGUUUUUUCUGCAACUCGCCGUGGGGAUGAAGUUUCAUAGCUUUGGAGUCCUUGUCGCCACCGUUGUCUUCUGUGCACAGCAUGUCUUCACAUUUCAGAGCAGCCAGGUUUUAUCUGCUCUUCCUAAAACCUCUACGCAAGUGCAAAUUCUGCAGAAUCUUACUACAACAUAUGAGAUUGUUCUCUGGAAGCCAGUGACAGCAGAGUUUAUCACGAAAGACAAAGAAGCCCAUUUGUUUGUGAAUGCCUCUGAUGUGACCAAUGUGAAAGCCCAUUUACAUGAGAGCAGAAUUCAGUUCAGGGUCCUGACGGAAGACGUGGAAGAUCUCAUCCGCCAGCAGACUACCAACGACACCUUCAGGCCCCGGGCCCCGUACUCGUAUUAUGAAAACUACCACUCCCUCAGUGAAAUCUAUUCUUGGAUGGACUUUAUGACCGAGCAGUACCCUGACCUGGUUGAACAAAUCCACAUCGGAUCCUCGUAUGAGAAGCGGCCGCUUUAUGUUUUAAAGAUUUCUAGAAAGCAACAAACACCCAAAAACGCUGUGUGGAUUGACUGCGGAAUCCACGCCAGAGAGUGGAUCUCACCUGCUUUCUGCCUGUGGUUCACGCACCACGUAACUCAGUCCUACGGCAGAGAACACCAGUAUACCACACUCUUGAGGCACAUGGAUUUCUAUGUUAUGCCCGUAGUUAAUGUGGAUGGUUAUGACUACUCAUGGAAAAAGGAUCGAAUGUGGAGAAAGAACCGUUCUUCUUAUGAAGACAAUGCUUGCAUUGGAACAGACCUGAACAGGAACUUUGCUUCCAAACACUGGUGUGAGAAAGGCGCCUCGAGUUUCUCCUGCUCACAAAUCUACUGUGGACCUUACCCUGAGUCGGAACCCGAGGUGAAGGCAGUGGCCAGUUUCUUAAGAAGAAAUAUGAACCACAUUAAAGCCUACGUUGCUAUGCAUUCCUACUCCCAGAUGAUAGUGUUUCCCUAUUCCUACAACAAAAACAGAAGCAAAGACCAUGAGGAACUGUCUCUAGUGGCCAGCGAAGCGGUCCAGGCUAUUGAGAACACCAGGGGGGGAGCCCAGUACACGUACGGCAGCGGCUCGGACAGCUUAUACUUAGCUCCUGGUGGUCCAGAUGACUGGGUCUACGACUUGGGCAUUAAAUACUCCUUUACAAUCGAACUUCGAGAUAAAGGCCGAUACGGAUUCUUGCUGCCGAAGCGAUUUAUCAAACCCACCUGCACAGAAGCCCUUGCCGCUGUCUCUAAAAUAGUUUGGCAUGUCAUCAGGAAUGCCUAAUGCUCUGGAUUUUUUCAUUCUGCUCCCACAUGUUAAUUUACUGAUUAGACCAACAAGACCACCUCAUUGUACCAGUUUCUUCUUUAAGUUUUAUCAAUAGUUUUGAUAAAAGGUUUUCUUAUUCCUUGGUUUGGUCAAAGCACAAAAUAAAUGUAAUAAAUAAAUUCA